AUGCGAAGGCGACAACUCGGAGGAAAGUCAGGUGACCAAGUUUGUCGAUUCGCCAACCUCCUCAAGAGCCUCGACGUACGCAAAGGCGACAUCGUCACCAUUUACCUCCCCAUGAUUCCAGAAAUUGUCUACGCUAUGUUGGCCUGUGCGCGGAUCGGCGCUGUUCACAGCGUCGUCUUCGCCGGUUUUUCCGCUCACAGUUUAGCAGAGCGGCUGGAAGACGCAAACAGUCGUGUGCUAAUCACAGCAACUAACGCCAUGAGGGGAGGCCGCAUUGUACGGCUUAAAGAGGUGGUAGACGAAGCACUGAAGCUCUGUUCUUGCGUUCAGCACGUUGUCUUGUUUAGAAAAUCAGCUGACCCAACGAGCUUCGUCGAUGGACGCGAUCUCUCUGGAGACGAUUUACUGCCUCAGAUGCGGCCGUACUGCCCGUUAGAAACGAUGGACAGCGAAGAUCUUUUAUUUAUUCUUUAUACUUCGGGUUCUACUGGCAAGCCUAAGGGCGUGUGUCACACGACGGCUGGCUAUUUGCUGUAUGCGGCAUUGACUCAUGAAUAUAUUUUUGAUUUUCACCCUGGCGAUACCUUCGGGUGUAUGGCGGACUGUGGCUGGAUAACCGGUCAUUCGUACACUGUCUACGGCCCGCUCUGCAACGGUGCGACGACAGUUCUUUUUCAAGGCAUUCCUACGUAUCCUAAUCCAGGAAGAUACUGGGAGUUGGUGCAGAAGUGGAAAGUAACCCAACUCUACACCUCACCCACUGCCAUCAGAGCCUUGAUGCAGCACGGAGACGACUGGCCGAAGAAGUACGAUUUGAGUACACUGCGUGUAAUUGGGUCAGUGGGCGAGCCGAUAAACCCCGAGGCUUGGCGUUGGUACUUCACUCAUGUUGGAUUAAAGCAGUGCUCAGUUGUCGAUACAUACUGGCAGACAGAGACAGGCGGGCACGUCUUAGCACCCUUCCCAGGUGCUUCUGUAACGAAGCCAGGCUGCGCUAUGCUUCCUUUCUUUGGAGUCGAACCCGCUAUUGUUGACCCCCAAUCAGGAGAAGAGAAACUAGGAAAUAAUGUUUGUGGUGUACUCUGCAUCAAACGCUCCUGGCCAGGUAUGUGCCGUACAGUGCACCGUGCACACAAGCGUUUAUUGAAUACUUACUUGAGUCCUUAUCCGGGGUAUUACUUCACCGGAGACGGCGCCUAUAGAGACGCAGACGGCCACUAUUGGAUUACAGGCAGAGUCGAUGAUACUCUCAACGUCUCAGGACACAGGCUGAGUACAGCUGAAAUUGAACACGCGUUGGUGCAGCACCCCAGCAUUGUAGAGGCUGCGGUAGUGGGCGUUCCUCACGAUGUAAAGGGAACAGCGGUGUUUUGUUUUGUGAUAUUAAAGGCUGGAGCCUCAGCAGAGGGUAUUGUUGAGCAGGCGAGGAUACAAGUCAGGAAAGAGAUUGGCCCCAUAGCAACACCAGACUUCAUUGUUGUUGCUCCCGGCCUUCCUAAGACACAAAGCGGGAAGAUAAUGCGGCGUUUGCUGCGCAAGUUGUGCUGUCUUGACACCAACCUGGGGGAUACAACUUCUCUAUGCAACGCUGAGGUGCUGAACUCACUUCGGUCUUUGGUCACGGAGACAGUCUUGAUGGAGAGAAAAAAACAAAUGAUGGCAGCGCCGCAGCCGCCCAAGGAGAAUCCAGAUCAUACAAACACUGAGCAUACAACCAGCAGCUAG